GCCACGGUGAGCCUCAGCCACUUUUUUUACUUGGGGAUCCGCAGCACCGGGUUUGUGUGAACGCUUGUUUGCUAGCGAGAUAAGUCGUGGGGGGCGCCUUAAACCAUGAAACUACAACUUUUUGGACCGUUGUUUGGCUGCUCCUUGCUUGUGUCCAUCAGCGCCUUUUAUUCCUCCAGCGAUGACGUCAUCGAACUCAACCCGUCCAACUUCAACAGAGAGGUGAUCCAGAGUGACAGUUUGUGGCUGGUGGAGUUCUACGCUCCCUGGUGUGGGCACUGUCAAAGUUUGACGCAGGACUGGAAGAAGGCAGCCACGGCCCUCAAGGGUAUUGUCAAGGUUGGCGCAGUGGACGCAGACCAGCACAAGUCUCUGGGAGGCCAGUAUGGCGUCAGAGGCUUCCCCACCAUCAAGGUCUUUGGUGCCAACAAGAACAAGCCAGAGGAUUAUCAAGGGGGACGCAGUAGCCAGGCCAUUGUGGACGGAGCCAUGAAUGCUCUCCGGGCUCUGGUCAAAGAGCGACUCAGCGGCAAGUCUGGCGGCUCUGGGUACAGCAGACAGAGCGAUGGGGGCGGCAGCAAAAAUGACGUGGUGGAGCUCACAGACGGCAACUUUAAGACGAUGGUCCUGGAGAGCGACGACGUGUGGCUGGUUGAGUUCUUCGCCCCCUGGUGUGGACACUGCAAAAACCUGGAGCCCGAGUGGGCCGCUGCUGCUUCAUCUGUCAAGGAGCAGACCAAGGGAAAGGUUCGCCUCGGAGCUGUGGAUGCAACUGUCCAUCAGGAGGUGGCCGGUCGCUAUGGUAUCAAAGGUUUCCCCACCAUUAAGGUAUUCCGAAAAGGCGAGGAGCCCGAGGAUUACCAGGGAGGACGCACCCGUGGCGACAUCAUCGAAAGGGCCAUGGACCUGUUCUCUGAUAAUGCCCCAGCUCCUGAACUAGUAGAGAUAAUCAACGAAGACGCAGUAAAGAAGACGUGUGAGGACAGUCAGCUGUGCAUCAUCGCCGUCCUGCCGCAUAUUCUGGACACAGGUGCUGCUGGUAGAAACGGCUACUUGGACGUGAUGAUGAAGAUGGCCGACAAGUACAAGAAGAAGAUGUGGGGCUGGCUGUGGACCGAGGCUGGCGCUCAGAUGGAGCUGGAGGCCGCUCUGGGUAUUGGUGGCUUCGGCUACCCCGCAAUGGCCGCCAUCAACACACGCAAGAUGAAAUUCGCUCUCCUUAGAGGCUCUUUUAGCGACACCGGUAUUCACGAGUUCCUUAGAGAGCUUUCUGUCGGCCGAGGCUCCACCGCCACGUUGGGAGGCGGAGUCAUGCCUAAAGUUCACACCGUUGAAGCCUGGGAUGGCAAAGAUGGACAGCUUCCCGAGGAGGAGGACUACGACCUUAGUGACGUUGAACUGGAUGACAUCUCUGAGAAAAUAGAGUUAUGAGUCCUUCAAUAAAAAAACGGGGCAAGAAUCCGACCCGGACUGUUAAGCCUGGAUCUGGUUCGGGUCCUAGGCGACCUUCACCUUCCUUCUCCCGUGGAUGAAAGGAAGGCCCGGUCGGUCGCAGUUACUGAAAUACUCCAGAGAAGAUGCCUCAAAGUCACACACAGAGUGUCUGAUCCCUCAGUUAACUGCUGAAACAAUUGAGCAUAUUUAAGCUCCGAUUGUGAUUUUUUUUUUUUAAUUGUUCAUCCGUGUCUAUUUUAAAAUGUGGACUCAAACUUGUCAAUGUCAAGCCAUCUAUUUUUUUUUUUUGUGGGUUCAGGAUAAAGCAGUUGGGGAUGUGUGUAGAUUUCUUACACAAACUUUAUUUCAAUUGUGUGAAAACAUGUUUGUUACAAUAAUAAAACAAUAAACAACCA